AGAUGUGUUGUUGUAGUUACGUUAUUUGCAAUACCGGUAAUAUUUCUCUUUUGUUUUCGGAGGCUGAAUUUGGGCUUUAUUGGGAGAGAGAAAAACUUCGUAUUCCCCCUUUUCUUCUCUCUCUCUCUCUCUCUCUCUCUCUCUCUCUCCGCUGUUGUAACUUGUACGUACGUCUUUGAGAUUGUCAUCGGAGUGGAAGGUUACGGGAAUUGAAAUUAUCGCAGCGCUCUUUCUGGGAUUAAUCGAAACGGAGGAUUCGAGCUAGGGUUCCGGCGAUGGGAGUUGCCUGAUGGGUUCGGUAGGGAAUUGGGAAUUGGUUAUUGGGUAUUGGGAAUGUUGAUGGAGAUUGGUGUUUGUUCUGAAUUGUUCUAGUUCCGAUCUCUCUAGGGUAGGGGUUGAAUCAAGGGGUUGAGAGGGAAAUGGAAGUUGAUUCGUCUAUGUUGUCCGAGGUCGAUCACGAUCUGGCGCAGGACCACAGCACGCCGUCGUCUCCUGCGGAAAUGGAGGGAGACCAGGAUGGGGAGCAGCCUCCUGGGGGGAAUGGAUCUUCAAUUCAGUCGCCUGCGUCUGCGACAUCCCAACAACAACACCAGUCUACGCCGCAGGUUCAGCAAAUCCCAGUUGUGGGGCCGAGACAUGCGCCAACAUACUCGGUGGUCAAUGCGUUAAUGGAUAAGAAGGAAGAUGGCCCAGGGCCGCGCUGCGGCCACACCUUGACUGCCGUCUCCGCUGUCGGUGAGGAGGGGACUCCUGGAUACACAGGGCCCAGGCUAAUCUUGUUUGGCGGUGCCACUGCUCUCGAGGGCAAUUCUGCAUCUGCAGGGACUCCUACGUCCGCUGGAAAUGCUGGAAUCCGAUUAGCUGGUGCCACUGCUGAUGUGCAUUGUUACGAUGUUUUAACAAACAAAUGGUCCAGGGUUACUCCACUUGGAGAACCACCCACUCCAAGGGCUGCACACGUGGCAACCGCUGUGGGAACAAUGGUAGUUAUUCAGGGUGGAAUUGGCCCCGCUGGUUUAUCUUCUGAGGAUCUUCAUGUUCUUGACCUCACACAGCAACGUCCAAGAUGGCAUAGGGUUGUUGUGCAAGGUCCAGGCCCAGGGCCACGUUAUGGACAUGUAAUGGCUUUGGUGGGACAAAGAUAUCUCAUGGUAGUUGGCGGCAAUGAUGGAAAACGGCCACUAACUGAUGUAUGGGCACUGGACACAGCAGCCAAACCUUAUGAAUGGCGCAAGUUAGAACCUGAAGGCGAGGGUCCACCUCCUUGCAUGUAUGCAACUGCAAGUGCCCGCUCUGAUGGUCUUCUUCUGCUAUGUGGAGGAAGGGAUGCAAACAGUGUGCCAUUGGCAAGUGCCUAUGGGCUAGCUAAACACAGAGAUGGCCGUUGGGAAUGGGCAAUUGCUCCUGGUGUCUCACCAUCUGCAAGAUAUCAACAUGCUGCUGUCUUUGUAAAUGCACGACUCCAUGUAUCUGGAGGGGCACUUGGUGGGGGGCGCAUGGUGGAAGAUUCAUCAAGUGUUGCAGUGUUGGAUACCGCAGCAGGAAUCUGGUGUGAUACAAAAUCAGUUGUAACGAGUCCUAGGACAGGUAAAUACAGUGCCGAUGCUGCUGGUGGGGAUGCUGCAGUUGAGCUAACAAGGCGUUGUAGGCAUGCAGCUGCUGCUGUGGGUGACUUAAUCUUUAUUUAUGGUGGUUUGCGGGGUGGGGUGUUGCUUGAUGACCUUCUUGUUGCUGAAGAUCUAGCAGCGGCUGAAACAACAAGUGCUGCUUCACAUGCUGCAGCUGCAGCUGCUGCAUCUGGCAUUCCGUCUGGGCGACUGGCAGGAAAGUAUGGUUUUAGCGAAGAAAGGAGUAGACAGGCCAUUCAUGUUGUAGCUCCUGAUGGUGCUGUAGUACUGGGAAACCCUGUGGCUCCUCCUAUAAAUGGUGACAUGUAUACUGAUAUAAGCACUGAAAAUGCUAUGCUUCAGGUCCCUCGGAGAACGAACAAAGGUGUAGAGUAUUUGGUUGAAGCUUCAGCUGCAGAGGCUGAGGCUAUAAGUGCAACAUUGGCUGCUGCCAAGGCUCGACAAGAACAAGACAAUGGGGAAGUUGAACUGCCGGAAAGAGAUCGUGGAGCAGAGGCUACUCCAAGUGGGACACAAAUAUCUAGCUUGAUAAAGCCUGACUCAGAUGCAUUGAAUAAUAUUGUUCCAUCUGGUGUUCGAUUGCAUCAUAGAGCCGUGGUUGUUGCUGCUGAAACUAGUGGGGCUUUAGGCGGUAUGGUUAGGCAACUUUCAAUUGAUCAGUUUGAAAAUGAGGGUCGCCGUGUGAGCUAUGGUACCCCAGAGAGUGCAACUGCAGCAAGGAAGCUCCUAGAUCGACAGAUGUCCAUUAACAGUGUUCCAAAAAAGGUCAUAGCCCAUCUCUUAAAACCUCGUGGAUGGAAGCCUCCGGUUCGCCGACAAUUCUUUUUAGAUUCUAAUGAAAUAGCCGACCUUUGUGAGAGUGCUGAAAAGAUAUUUUCAUCUGAACCAAGUGUUCUAGAGCUCAAGGCCCCCAUCAAGAUAUUUGGUGAUCUACAUGGUCAGUUUGGGGAUCUCAUGCGCCUUUUUGAUGAGUAUGGUGCACCUUCUACAGCAGGAGACAUUGCAUACAUUGAUUACCUAUUCUUGGGAGAUUAUGUUGAUCGAGGCCAACACAGCCUAGAAACCAUCUCUCUUCUGCUUGCUUUAAAGGUUGAGUAUCCAAAUAAUGUGCACUUGAUACGUGGGAACCAUGAAGCAGCAGAUAUUAAUGCCCUUUUUGGCUUUCGGAUUGAGUGCAUCGAGCGAAUGGGUGAACGAGAUGGAAUUUGGAUAUGGCAUCGGAUAAAUCGUUUGUUUAAUUGGCUCCCUUUGGCAGCCUUGAUUGAAAAAAAAAUUAUUUGCAUGCAUGGUGGCAUUGGUCGGUCGAUUAACCAUGUGGAGCAAAUUGAGAGUCUUCAACGUCCAAUUACCAUGGAAGCAGGCUCAAUAGUGUUAAUGGAUUUGUUGUGGUCUGACCCCACAGAAAAUGACAGCGUUGAAGGAUUGCGGCCAAAUGCUAGAGGUCCUGGUUUAGUUACGUUUGGGCCCGAUCGUGUAAUGGAAUUCUGCAACAAUAACGAUCUUCAGUUGAUAGUACGUGCACAUGAAUGUGUAAUGGAUGGUUUUGAACGUUUUGCUCAGGGACAUCUAAUUACACUUUUCUCGGCUACCAAUUAUUGUGGAACUGCAAAUAAUGCUGGAGCGAUCCUAGUUUUGGGUAGAGAUCUUGUGGUUGUUCCAAAACUCAUUCAUCCCAUACCACCCGCAAUAUCGUCGCCAGAUACGUCUCCAGAACGCCAUAUGGAGGAUACAUGGAUGCAGGAGCUGAAUGCUAAUCGACCACCGACACCCACAAGAGGUCGGCCACAAGUUGCUAACGAUCGAGGUUCUCUUGCUUGGAUGUAGUUGAUGAUCUUUCUUUCUCUGUUGAAUUACGGGUCGUCUGCAGCCUGGUCCUUCUGAUGCUCUCUGUAUAUAGCACUAUGCCUCAUACAGAAAUAUGCAAUUGGAUUUUUAACACAAAAUAGCAGAUGAAGUUCUGAUUUUUCAACACAAAUGAUAGGCCUUUACAAAGAUGUUCUCGAGAACCAAGUCACUAGCGGUGAGUUAGAUUUAGUCUCUCUUCUCUUGUGAUACAAGUUGAUGGUGAGUUUUGACCGUCCCUUGUAUAAUGAGCCACAAGCAGGUGGAAGUCUGCGGUGUCCCGUCCCGUCCCGCCCAGUUCUUUUACUUCCCUAUAUAUUCUUUAGAAUCCUUGUUAUGGCCAAUUAUUUCUUUUUUCUCCUUUUAUGGGAAAUGAAACUUUCCUUCAUGGUGAGAUGUAAUUUCUUAGAAGCUUUGUGGGUGUCCUGUGAUGUAUCAUAGAAGUUGGUUGCUUUCUGUAAUUUUUGCUUGUUUGUUUUGUACAUUAUAAUUCGUGUAAAGAUGAAAGAACCUCUUUUCUUUUCCCGCCAUUUCUAAAAUCGAUGAUCGUAUACGAAUCUCUGUGUUUUUGUU